GCAGAGGGAGAGCAGGAGCCGAGCAGGGGGCGUGUGUGUGUAUGUGUGUGUAAACUGUGUAUGUGUGAGACUGUGUUUGUGAGGUCCCCCAAAAAACCGGAGCACAACACGGGCGUGAAUGAGAGAGGCAAGCUGGCGGACUUCAACAUGGCAUCCGGAGAUACGCUGUACAUUGAGACAGACGGCUCGGAGAUGCCGGCCGAGAUCGUGGAGCUCCACGAGAUAGAGGUGGAGACGAUACCGGUGGAGACGAUCGAGACCACGGUGGUCGGCGGGGACGACGACGAUGAGGAUGAGGAUGAGGACGACGACGACGACGAUGGGCAGCCCAUGAUCGCUCUGCAGCCGCUGGUCACGGACGACCCCGGCUCCAUCCACCACCACCAUCACCAUCACCACCAUCAGGAGGUGAUCCUGGUGCAGACCCGUGAGGAGGUGGUCGGCGGGGAUGACUCGGACCUGCACACGGGCGGCGGCGCUGGGUUCGAGGAUCAGAUCCUCAUCCCGGUACCGGCACCGGGAGUGGAGGACGAAUACAUCGAGCAGACUCUGGUGACUGUGGCCGGGAAAAGCUCCGUAGGUCGGGUGAAGAGGGGAGGCGGUGCCGGCGGGAAGAAAGCGGGGAAAAAGAGCUAUUUAAGUGGCGCAGAGGCCGGUGGAAGAAAAUGGGAGCAGAAGCAGGUGCAGAUAAAGACACUGGAGGGGGAGUUUUCUGUCACAAUGUGGGCUUCGGAUGACAAUAAAGACAUUGACCAUGAGUCGGUGGUGGAAGAGCAGAUCGUCGGGGAGAACUCCCCUCCAGACUACUCUGAGUACAUGACAGGGAAGAAGCUGCCCCCAGGUGGCAUCCCAGGGAUCGACCUCUCAGACCCCAAACAGCUGGCCGAAUUUGCCAGGAGUCCAAGACCCAAAGAUAUUCAGUUUCUCACCACUGAAGACCAAGACCAACCAGCAUAUUUUGCAACAAUUAACCGCAAGAUGAAACCCAGGAAAGUCAAAGAGGACGACGCUCCCCGGACGAUAGCUUGCCCUCAUAAAGGCUGCACAAAGAUGUUCAGGGAUAACUCAGCCAUGAGGAAGCAUCUCCACACCCACGGACCCCGCGUGCACGUCUGUGCCGAGUGCGGAAAGGCCUUUGUGGAGAGCUCCAAACUUAAACGUCACCAACUUGUUCACACAGGGGAGAAACCCUUCCAGUGUACCUUUGAAGGGUGCGGGAAAAGGUUUUCUCUCGACUUCAACCUGCGCACACACGUGCGAAUCCACACUGGAGACCGGCCCUACGUCUGCCCUUUCGACGGCUGCAAUAAGAAAUUCGCCCAGUCAACCAACCUAAAGUCUCACAUUCUCACACACGCCAAAGCCAAAAAUAACCAAUGAAAACCCAUCCACGACACAGCCGGGGGGAAAAAAAGAGCGAGGCAUACAUGAAACCUCUUUGGAAGACGAAAUGGAAAGCUUGAGACUUUUUGAUUUCUAUUAAAAAAAUCUGACAGAGAAAAAGACUUUAAAAGCACUGAAAUUCAGCUAGUUUUUCCUGCGUCCCCUUUCUUCUGCUGUCAUAUUGGAUGAGGAACACAGUGACUGUUCCCCAAAGCCCCAGCCAACAUGGUCCCUUUGUUUCUCCAGUGGCACUCGGCUGCCAGAAGAUGGAACCCAUGGACAAACAUCAGAGACUUAUUUUUACCAGAGCGAGCAGAGAAGCAGCAACCUAUUGGUAUUUUUAUUUUGUCGCAUAGCUUUUAUUUUCCUCAAGUGUGCAUAUUGUACACUUGACUCAGGCUAUGUUUAGUAAAAUUGUGACCUUUUUUUUUCUCCUGCAUUAUAAGUACUUAUGAUACAAAAGGCUUCGGCAUUGUAUGACCUGUUUCACAUGUAUGAGAAGUUUGAAAACAGCUGUAUGUUUGCAUUUCCAUACCCUCUUUGGUUGUAUUUUUCUCUAACCACAAAAUAACCUUGUAUACUUGUAUUGUAUGGCUGUAUUGAAAUUACGUAGACAUAGAUAGAGGUGUGAUUUAAAGUGUUAGCCAAUUAAACUUUUAGUCAUGAGUUGCUUUAUAUUUUCUAUGGACUGUCUUUACACAGAGAAAACGAAUAAUAUGAACUUACUCAGAGCCUGUCUCAGUUAAAGUAUCUUGAAGCAUACAUUGAAUUGACUGCAAGACCAUCACUUUCUUUGUUAGAAUGUAAAUGUACAGACGUCAACCAUUAACUUCCUUUUGUUGAUAUUUACACCCAUGUAUCUCAACUGCCCACAAUAAAAUGGGUCAUUCCAACCCUGUCGAAAUACUCAAAAGCUUU